GAAAGGUUAGUUUAACUUUGGCCAAAAUUAACUAAUGGAGAGAUGGCUUACCGGAAGUAAACUGUGGCUGUUUGGUAAUCAAGUACAACUACUGUCGAAAAGGACCAGAACGUCGUCCAAGGUGAUGGAAAGGUAUGAAAAAAUUAGCAAAAUUGGGGAAGGCAGUUAUGGGGUGGUGUAUAAAUGUAAAAACCGAGAUACAGGCGAGAUUGUGGCUAUUAAAAAGUUCACUGAAAGCGAAGAGGAUCCGCUUAUAAGAAAAAUUGCUUUAAGAGAAAUAAGACUUUUAAAGAACCUGAAACAUCCCAACUUAGUAAACCUUCUAGAAGUUUUUCGAAGAAAACGCCGAUUACACUUAGUAUUAGAGUACUGUGAAAAAACAGUUCUGAAUGAACUAGAAAAAUACCCCCGAGGAGUACCAGAAUUAGUGACCAAACAAAUAAUUUGGCAAACUAUACAAGGAGUGUCCUAUUGCCACCAAAAUGGUUGCAUCCAUAGGGAUAUUAAACCCGAGAAUAUAUUGUUAACUUCAGCUGGAGUGGUUAAGUUGUGCGAUUUUGGUUUUGCUAGAAUGCUAAAUCCUGGCGAAAAUUAUACAGAUUACGUAGCUACUAGAUGGUACCGUUCUCCUGAACUACUAGUUGGGGAUACUCAAUAUGGUACUCCUGUGGAUAUAUGGGCAAUAGGUUGUGUGAUGGCCGAGCUUAUAAAAGGUGAAGCUUUGUGGCCUGGAAAAUCUGACGUUGACCAGCUUUAUAUUAUCAGAUGUACUGUUGGAGACCUUUUGCCCAGGCAUAUGCAAGCUUUCAAGUCGAACGAUUUCUUUCAAGGUGUUAUACUGCCCCAACCUCAUCAUUUGAUACCACUGGAAGUAAAAUUACCCAUGUGUAGUUCUACAAUAAUAGAUUUUUUAAAGAAAUGUUUGGACAAAGAUCCUUUGAAAAGAUGGACUUGUACUGAACUAAUGAAUCACGAAUACUUUGAAAAGUUCAAUUUCAAAAUUGACGAUACUGAAAAGCCCAAAGAAGACAAGCCCCCUAGGAACAGGUCAAGGAAUUCUAGCAAUGGAGGAUCAAUGUCUCUACCUCAACUGCCAUUAAGCAACAAAUCAAUAAGUCCUAGCAGACAACAUCUGAACAGUCAGUCCAGCUCCAAAUCUAAACUUGAUCAUCUACCAACAAUCUGACAAAAGUUUAACUUUUUUAAAUAAAUGUAUUUGUUUAAAAAAGUUAUGUGAAAUAUUUUAAAUUUACAUUAUUUUGUUCCUAGGAGUCUCAAUGCUUAUAGAGAAAUUAUAUUUUUUACCUCUACUAUUAAUAAGUGUAUGUAAGUUGUGAUACUUUGCACUUAUUGACAAUUUUUGGCAACUAGAGUUGCUAAUUCACACCUAAAUAAUAAGUAUGUGUUUCACCAUUAUUAUAAUAAGUAGGUAUGAACAGGGAACAGGGUGUUUUCAAAACAUGCGGCAGAAAUUCAAGAGGUAAUUUCAUUCUCUAAAAAUUGUUAGGUACCUACAUGAAAAAUAUAUUCUUUGUUUCAUAUCGUUUUUGAGAAAAUUACAAAUUUCUACAUCCUGGCAAGUUACUGAACUCCUGAAGCGCAACAAAUUCUGAGUUCAGAUUCAGCGUCAGAAAUUUAUGAAAUACAUUCGAAAUUUUCUUUUGAAUGGAUUUUUCGACAAAUGGUUAUAUGUAUUAUGAACUGAAGCAACCCUUGAAUUUUUGCCGCAUGUUGUAUAGUAACCAAUACCGACUUAUUAGUAGGUAUUGAUUAUUAUUUUUUUAUGUUAGCUUAUAUUUUGGGUUUUGUCGGAGAAUUAAUAAACAAUUACAAAAAACUAA